UUUACAAAAGGUCUGAAAACCAUGUGACCGUCCCUCUUCCCUCUGCAUUUUCCCUAAGCGUAACGGCAUGCAAAGAGUAAUUACACCCGCUGCACAUUUUACGUAAAGGGUUUUGUGAAUGUCUAAUUUCGCAUCUCCGUUGGCCUUUUGUGCGUGUCUGCAGAUUUAAUUUUUUGGUACCGAGCGAAGAGGAGAUGCACACGGCACUCGAGUGAGUUUGGUUGUCUCUUGUCUCAGGUGGCAAGAAUUGAGGAAAUUAUGAAGGUACACAUGCACACCAAGUUCUGCUUCCUGUGCGUGGUGACAUUCCUGUUUCAUCAGUGCAGCCACUGCCACGAGGAUGGCCACCACCACCAUGGGGAGGGGGGCCACGUCCACGAUCACAAUGACUACCAGAUCUCCCAGGAGCCUUACAUGCAGAACAAUGUGGACAUAGAGCCUCCUCCUGACCACGACUCGCCACCUGGCAAAGAUGCUGAGAGGGAGCAGAAGUUUUACGUAGAGCAGCUGUUCCGGCGCUAUGGGGACAGAGGGAAACUCGACUUUGGAGGCUUUAAGAAGCUGCUGUCCAGCCUGGGGCUCGGGGAAGUGCAUGUGGUAGAGCUGGACCAUGAGGACUUGGGACACGAUCACGUGGCUCAUUUGAAAGCGCUGGAGGUACAAGAGGGGCUGCAUUCCCACAUGCACCACCACCCCCCUACUCCGCUGUCCCAUUCCAACCAGGAGGAGAACAAGACUAGUGUUAGGGAUGUCCACUCUGUCCGCUGCAACCAGCUCCAGCAAAGAACAGCAGAACCUACAACCACCAGACAUUCCCAUGAGGACCAAAACCCCCUGCACAAACUCCACCCACAUCACUACAACCAUACAGAUUCUCACGCACACCACCAUCACUCCCAUCACCAUCACCACCAUCACGUGAACCACAGUGUUUCUGGAAGCAACGUGACCGCAGAGGCUUCACAGAGCUUGAAUUCUACCCACGAGGAGCAGCAGCAGCAACAACAGUCUACAGAAACCACGACCAGGAAGCACAGGAAGAAAAAGAAAGGCGCCCGUAACAAAGAUGCAGCUCCCCAGGCCGCGGCUGACAACGAGGAUGAUCACCACAGCAAUGAAAGCCAGAACCCCCACUUGCACACAGGGGAUGCCCAUGCGAACACUGACCAUGACGAGCAUGCCAGUGGACAUAAACACAGCCAUGACUCUGAGGACGAGCACACACAUGUACGCAAGCGAGAGGCACCCAACAAUCACAAAGCUGCUGUCAAGCACACUGUGCCAUUCUCUCUGGGUGAUCAUGUAGCGGGCGAAGCACACCUGCACGAUGAGUGUCUGAACGUCACACAGCUGCUGGAGUACUACGGUUUUAGCCCAGGCACCCUGAUCUCCCAAGAGCAGUUCACCUACCUCUGCCCUGCCCUGCUCUACCAGAUCGACAGCAGGGUCUGCAUCCGUCACAGUGAUGAACUGGCCAUCGAUCACAAGUCUCUGAACGAGUCUGCUCUCUCAGCCUGGGUCUGGGGACUCAUCUCCAUCACCAUCAUCAGUCUGCUGUCCCUGCUUGGAGUGAUACUGGUCCCCAUCAGUAACCAGUCGUGCUUCAAGUUUCUUCUCACAUUCCUGGUGGCUCUGGCAGUGGGGACACUGAGCGGCGACGCACUGCUCCAUCUACUGCCCCAUUCACAAGGCGGACAUGAUCACAGUCAUGAAGGCAGGAAGGGGGAAGACUACCUGACCCAGUACAAUGCUGUUUGGAAGGGCCUGACUGCCCUGGGGGGCAUCUACCUCCUCUUCAUCAUUGAGCACUGCAUAGGAAUGUUCAAGCACUACAAGGACAAAGGGGGGAACAGAUCUUGGUGCUGGAAGAAAAAGAAGGGGGGUGAAACGACAAUCGGAAGGAAGCUGUCUGAUCAUAAACUGAAUCGCAGGUCAGAUGCAGAGUGGCUACACCUGAAACCACUGACAGGGCCAGAUGAUUCUGGACUGUCCGACAAUAAGCACAAUAACACUCAGCUGACAGAGAUCCAGGACCCCCCAGACUCCCCCAACAAGAGACCCCUGUCCCUAGAAGAGGAGACUAUCAUGCUCCCCCAGCACACAGAGCACAAACACCAUCACCAGGAGGCGGACUUCUCUGCAGCAGCAGGGAACGGGAGGAAAGUGAAAACGAAGAAGCACCACCACUCGCAUGGACACGGGCAUUCCCAUGGGAACUGCCACUCUGACCAGGAGAUGAAGGAUGCUGGGAUAGCUAGCAUUGCCUGGAUGGUGAUCAUGGGGGACGGCAUGCACAAUUUCAGUGACGGUCUGGCUAUAGGUGCUGCAUUCAGUGCAGGGGUGACAGGGGGCAUUAGUACCUCCAUUGCUGUAUUUUGCCAUGAGCUACCUCAUGAGCUUGGUGAUUUUGCAGUGCUGCUAAAGGCUGGCAUGUCAGUGAAGCAGGCCAUCGUUUACAACCUGCUGUCUGCCCUCAUGGCGUACGUGGGCAUGGUGAUUGGCACAGCUGUGGGCCAGUACACCGAAAACCUGACCCCCUGGAUCUUUGCAGUCACUGCCGGCAUGUUCCUCUACGUGGCACUGGUGGAUAUGCUGCCAGAGAUGCUUCACGGGAACAAUGAGGAGCUCCAGGAGUGCCCGCUGGGCUACUUCCUCCUGCAGAACGUGGGCAUGCUGGUGGGGUUCGGCAUCAUGCUGCUCAUCGCCAUCUUUGAGGAUAAGAUAAUCCUGGACAUCCAGUUUUAGCCAGUCAGUACCCCAGAGAGAGAGAGAGAGAGAGAGAGAGAGAGAGAGAGAGCAAGCGGUGUAUUAGUACUUUUAUUCAUCUUAAUGUUUGUGUCAAAGUCCAUUCAUGCAUGAACUUGGCAAUGGCAAUCAUUUGUAUUUCAGAGAGAAAAAGCAGUGGCUUACGGUUUCAUUAUCGUCAUUAAGUUUUUUUUUUUUUUUUUUUUUUUUUUUUUUUUUUAUUAUUGGCCCAACCCUACCUGAGUUAUCUUAGUGUAGGCAUGAUUCUGAAAGAGAUUUUGAGAAGAUUUUUAAAUCUUUUUUUUUUUUUUUUUUUAAGUUUUCAAAAGUCACCCAAGCUGUGUUGACCUGAAACAGAAAAUUGUACAAAGUAAAUUAGACAACAUUGGUAAAUAUAACUCUUAUGCUUCACACCCAUAUCCAGUUGCUCUUUAAUGUUGAUGCUGUCAAGUCAGCAGCUUGCACUGGUUUUACUAGCGCACGUUGGUACCUUUCCCCCUAACAAGUAUCGUCAGAUCUGGAAACAGUAUACUGCCUGAUUUUUAGUAGGCUUUUGCUGCAAAGCUUGAACAUUUUCAGAGCACAUUUUUACAGUUCAACACACAGGUAUCGCUUUAUUUGCAGCCUGUGAUUGCCUGUUAAGAGUCAUAGAAACCUUGGCCUUAACCUCCAAUUAGAGUGUGAAACUGACUUCAACUGACUUAUGUGGUUAUAAUAUUGAGCUUUUUAGACAAGCCCUAGUCUAGUGCAGGUAUCAGUCUAUCUAGAUCAGUGUUUCUCCCCUUUCCCAUAACAAUAGGACCACAUUAAUGAACACUUGUACAUGAUGAUUUUUAGGCUAGUCCCGUAUAUGUUGUUGAAUGAUUGCUUACAUCUUGUUUGUUUUCAGUUUGAACAGUUCUGGAAUCACUGCCUAAUUGCUUUGACUGUGGCACUCCAUGUGACAGAAAUAUUGUGCAAUGGGAGGAGCUUCCUGGGUGUUCAAGUCCUCACUGACCGUUGUGUUACAGUCCGGUCAUUGUUUGUGCAUUGUGGUAUAUAUCCCAUUGGGAACGGUGUGAAACAUUUGCAGUGUUAAUACAGAAGUGACAUUCUCAUCGCUAGUUUUAAGUAACCAGUUGACCUUGAACUGAAGUUCUUUGCUGUCAUUUUCAGGAAUCUGGCUUUUUGAUGGCUUUUUUGGCUUUUUUUGUUAAAGUAUAAUUCCUAAUAUUUAGUGCUUUUGCUGAGUUUAAGGCUUCAUUAAUGAAAAAUUGUAUUAGUGGGGAAAAAAACACCAAAAGUAAUGAGUAAUGCAAACUUUUAUCAAAAGAAUAUUAUUCCUUAAAAAGCUCCCCACAUGCAUUUCUGCAGAUAAUGGGCUUGUGUCUGCACUGCAGCUUAUAAAAUAAAGCUACAUUUGGUAGAAAGUUAGACUCUUCUGAACAGUAACCUCUCAGAAUUACAAGAACAUCGCACAUUAAGCAGCAUUUUCUAAGGAACUAAAACAUACAGCAUUGUGUGCAUUUUUUAUGGUUAAAAUAUGUUUUUGUCUUUUAAACACACUACAGUAGCUUUUAAUCUUAAAGCAUACAGUAGGUCAUUCCAGUUUUUUGAGGUUUUUUUUUUUUUUCUGUAAUAGCAACUGUUUUAAAUGCAUACACUUAGCAUUGGUCAGUUCAAUUUUCUAGCACUUUUUAAAAUGCUAAAAUAGUUUUAUUGAUUUUUGUUGUUGUUGUUGUUUUAGUUGUGCUGCUGAUCCAAUCCAUACACCUGUAAUUCACAGCAAAACCAUGGUACUGGAGAUGACUACAUUACAGUUCCAUGCUAGCACUCGGCUCAGUUAUCAUCCUCCACUUUGAGGGAAUAAAUGGAGUCAUCAAGAAAAAUACAUUUUGGUGGUCUCUUACUAUAGAAUGAGCUUAUUAUGCAACUCGUUGUCAUUUAUACUAAUGUUCUACAAAAUGCCAGUGUUAUGUAUAUAGAUCACCGUCGUGCCAAAUGUCAGAUGCUAUGUUCCCAGUGAAGUUGUAGUGUGUCAGGCAGUGGCCACAGUAGAAAUCUCUUGAUAUGUAAGUUCUCGUUCUCUCCUGUCAUUCCAUUCCAGUCUGUGAUACCUCACUACCAAACCAUUGUCUUGUUUCCAGAAUGGCUCGAGGCAGCUAGCUAGUGUCUGGUCGCUGGAGUACACAAUUGUUCGUCUGUACAGUUUAUCCUGUCACUGCGUGACAUCUGUGUUCUUGUUUAUUGGGUGUAAACCAUUGUAAUCGCGUUAAAGUACUGUAAUUGAAUGGAUAGAUAUGCUUGUAGGAGUAGGAUUCUUUUUUUCUUGUUGCUUUGGUUUUGUUGGUAUUCAUAAAACAAAUGAAUAAAUACAUGAUUAAAAAUAUGCAUACAAAUUCGCAAUACCAGAUGGGUUAAUACUGAACAGGCAGGUUUAGUACAAUUGAGAUGAAGGCCCAUUCAGGAGGUACUCUAUGGAGAGCUGUCUGUGUACAAAUAUUGAAAAAGUUGAGAUGGAUCAACUUAAUUGCUUAGACCUAUGUAGAUCCAUAUGAAAAAAAGUAAUUGCAGAGAAAGUGCAUGUCAGUAGUUUGCUCUUUAUUAAGGACUUAAGCGAGAUUCAUUUGCAACCCAGGGGCUUGUGUGACAUGGAUUUUAGGAGUAAUUCUUGAUUAUAUAAGACCUCAAAGGAUUUUGUGUGAAUAAUAAAUACAGAUUUGACGUAUAAUUUAAUCUAUAGCCAAAACCAGUGAUUUUUGAUUUUACAGACCUGGCUAUAUAAAUGUAUUCACUGCCUUUGCCAUUCUUGCUGAUCGUCAAUGUGUACGCAUUCCUUAUUGAAUAAAGGAAAAAAAUAA